AUGCGGUAAAUCUUUUCUAUUCCCCUUAGCCCUAAUUUCUACUUAAAAUCGUUUGUACGAAGCGAAAUUGCCGAAUAGAAUUCAUAGGCAAACAAUACUUUGGAGUCGAAAAUGAGGCCUUUAUUCGUGGGGAAUAUCGAGUAUGAUACACGUCAAUCAGAACUGGAACGAUUGUUCUCCAAGUAUGGAAGGAUCGAGCGUGUUGACAUGAAAUCUGGCCUCUCUCUCUCCUUACUUUCAUCAGGCCUUCACAUACUUGCAGGUUUUGCAUUUGUCUACUUUGAGGAUGAGCGUGAUGCAGCUGAUGCCAUCCGUAGUCUUGAUAACAUACCAUUUGGCUAUGACAAGCGCCGGUUAUCAGUGGAAUGGGCAAAGGGUGAGCGUGGUCGACCUCGUGAUGACUCCAAGGUUGCAGCAAACCAAAGACCAACAAGAUCUUUGUUUGUCAUUAACUUUGACCCUAUUCGCACUAGGGUGCGUGACAUAGAAAGGCACUUUGAACCGUAUGGAAAGAUCCUUAAUGUUCGAAUACGCCGAAAUUUUGCGUUUGUGCAAUUUGAAAAUCAGGAAGAUGCCACAAAAGCCUUGGAGUGUACACACAUGAGUGAAAUCCUUGAUAGAGUUGUUUCUGUUGAGUAUGCUUUGAGGGAUGAUGGCGAGAAGGGUGACAGGUAUGAUAGCCCUAGAAGAGAUUAUGGCAGGCAUGGUGAUGGUCCUUACCGAAGGUCACCAAGCCCAAUGUAUCGCAGGGGUCGACCUAGUCCUGAUUAUGGUCGUCCUCGUAGCCCUGCCUAUGACAAAUAUAAUGGUUCAUCAUAUGAUCGGUACAGGACUACUGAGUAUGGGAGUUAUCGCAGCAGGUCUCCUGUUCGGAGGUAAAGAACUUGCAGCAGUAAUCUAUCGGAUGAAGGUCACUGCUCCUUACUGGCCAUCGUAGCAUAAAUAUUUGCUGUGUAUUUAUGUAAUGGAUUGUUUAUAGCAUUUUGUAUUUCUUAAACUUUAGAGAGUUUGGUAGUUCAAUUUGUGUGUUGGAAAACAUUUUCAUGGUGUAAUCACGGCCUCUGCUUAUUCUGACCAGUUGGCACGUAUUCACGUUUGAAUGAAAAGGAACACAUGUAAGAGAAUACUUGUUAGCUUAUUACGUUCAGCACAAAUUGGGUCGA